AUGCGAUACGCUUCAACGGUGGGGACCUACCCUCCGGAGGGAGUCCCCGAACAGACUGGGCGCAAGAAGGCACUUUGUAUUGGUAUUAACUAUUUGGAGCGUUCCCAAGCACACGCGCAGCUAUCGGGCUGUAUCAAAGAUGCCCUACGGAUCAAUGGCUUCUUAUUAAACCACUGGCGUUCCGGUGGACGGGGUGCCAUAGAGAUCAAGAUUCUUAAAGAUGAUAGUAAGAAGGCCGACCAAAUUCCUACCAGAAAUAAUAUCGUCAAGGCUAUGCGUUGGCUUGUCAAAGAUGCACUCCCAGGAGAUUCGUUGUUCUUUCACUAUUCUGGCCACGGUGGUCAGAUACCAGACACGAACGGUGACGAGGACGAUGGAUAUGAUGAAGUCAUCUACCCUGUUGAUCCUGGCAGCCAUAUUCUUGAUGACGAUAUGCAUGACCUAAUGGUCAAGCCCCUUCCUCCGGGCUGCCGGCUUACAGUGCGUCGCACAAGCGUCUAUACCUUGGGUAUGCACCUGACUAGUACACUAUUUUAUCAGGCGAUUUUUGACGCAAGUUUCGAAUACACACUAAAUUUCCGUUUCGCGCUAACUGCCUGA